GGCAGCGGGUCAUGUGAGCCGCUGGCGGAUUAUACACGGUGCAGCAGGCUUGCUGGGUUUAGUUCAGAGCUAAGCUGGACUCGGUGCUGGAGGGACGAACGGGAAGAUGUUCGGGAGCCUGCUCAGAGACUUCGACGAAGACCCGUUCUUUUCGGAUCCAUUCCGUGCACACCAAGAACAUGUCAGACAGAUAAUGAGAAGCUUCUCUGAUCCUUUUGGCCGAGAUCCCUUCUUCAGUAUCACAGAUGGCAGAUCUCAUGGCCGAAGAGGGCAAAACCCUUCCCAGGUGGCUCUGAGAGAAGAUCACAGGGCAUCGAGUCUAGACCACAUGCCUAGUGCCUCAUUACCUAGUAUGGUCUCUGAUAUUAAGGACCCUUUCCAUUCAUUUGAUAACAUGAUGGCCAACUUUAGAAACCGAAUGACUGACAUGCACAAACAAUUUGAAGGAUUGUCAGACAAUCCUAACACUCAUUUAUUUAAGUCUUCUUCAGUAAUGACAUAUUCCAAGACUGGAGAUGAGCCAGCAAAGGUUUUCCAAGCUAGUAGUCAAACACGUCAGGCUCCCGGUGGUAUCAAGGAAACAAAGAAAGCCAUCCGGGAUUCUGAAACUGGAGUAGAACAAAUAGCUGUUGGCCAUCAUAUCAAAGAUCGGGCCCACAUUGUCAAGCAAUUACAGAACAAAAAGACUGGGGAUCGUGAAUUUAACCAGGAGUUUUUAAAUAUGGAUGAAACUGAGGCUCCUUCAUUUAACAGUGAAUGGGACAGAGAGCUCUCCAGAUUCAAACCGUUUGAGCACAAACUAUCCAUAGAUGCUCCUAAACCCAAGCACCACAGUGCUCACUAUUCUACUAAGAUUGGGCUCCCAGAUAUGCCCAGAAGGGAACGGUGCAUUUCGAAAAUGGUCAUCUAGAAGGCAAAGUCAAAUCUCUGGCAAAGAACUGAAUCGGAAUAAUAGGAAAUGUUGGUCUUCUAAGACACUUAAAGGGACUUGUGUCAUCCAAGUUGUAAAAGGGUCUUAUAAAUAAAUAAGAUCUGCACAUAUGA